UUUUGUCUGUUUGCGGAGACGCUAUAAUAUUCGACCAAUCAGAGUUGGCCACAAUCGAUCUUUAGGGCAAGAGGCGCCGCCAUUGUGUAAGAAAAGUGAGGGAUCGAGGCAAAUGGACCCACAAGCUGCCUUUGCUGACGCUGUUGCCCGUGCAAGACAGAUCGCUGCUAAAAUCAAUCAACCAGGCCAGGGUGGUGCAGGGGAUGGUGUAACACCAGGUAAAAGACCAUUAGACGCUGAUCCAAACAAUUUUGACGAACCAGAAUCAAAGAGGAGCCCUUUCUUACAGGACCCCGCAGGUGGAUAUCCAGGACUUAAUCAACCAAGAAAUACUGAAGCAGCCCAAGCAGCAGCUCAGGCCGCAGCCAGAAUAAAUCAACAACUAGGGGUCUCCUCACCAAACAGCGGGAUGAUGCAACCACAGAAUGAUCAAAUGAACCUCGGAAUGGUCAUCACCGAGGAGUACAAGGUGCCCGAUAGAAUGGUCGGACUAAUUAUUGGUAAAGGCGGUGAACAAAUUACAAGGUUACAGGCAGAAACCAGUUGUAAAAUACAGAUAGCACCAGAAUGUGACGGCUAUGAUAGUGGUGGUAUGCCCGAGAGAUCUACAACAUUAACAGGAUCCCCUCAAGCUAUUAGUAAAGUAAAAGAAGAAAUCAACAAAAUAAUUCAGAGAGCACAAGGGUCUGACCAGGGAGGAGGAGGAGGAUACGGUGAUAAUUCAGGGAAUAUCGAAAUCUCUAUACCGGGCAACAAAGUCGGUCUCAUUAUCGGUAAAGGUGGAGAAACUAUUAAACAGUUACAGGUCAGUAAUGUUAACUUGAAAGAUAAGUUUUUAUGCCCCCGAAGGGAGGCAUAUUAGUUUUCAACUGUCCAU